ACUCGACUCGUGGCAGGCGGUAGCUAGCGAGCCCGAGCGACGGAUUGCAAGCCUUGGAGUAGGCACGGGCCGAGAGUGAGGCGAUGGCGGCGAGUGAGCUUAUUCGUGUGGGUGGUAGUGACGCUAUGUGGGUGGUGGUCUUGGUCCUGGUCGUCGUUGCUGUCGGUCUGUGGCUGGGCGUGGUGGAAGCUCGGUUCUCUCCCUCCUUGUGGUGUGGCCGGCUGAUGCGGGGCUUGUCGCUCAUCGGUCACCCUGGCUUGGGAGAAGAGGCCAUGGACGAGGACGAGCUUGAAUGGUGGGCCCAUCGCAUACGUCUGGAUGAAGGUCUGCGGAGGGACCAGCUCGCCGAGUACGACAUCGAGCCUGAUGGCAACUGUCAGUUUGUGGCCCUUGGCCAGCAACUGUUUGGAUCGCUCGAGUGUGGCGCAUGGGUUCGUGCUACGGUCUUGGAUCACAUUCUGGCGCAUCCCGAGGCGUUUGCGGGCUUUGUGCCUGGCGGCUCGCUGGCUGACUUGCACAAGCACGUCCGAUCCAUGCGGACGCGGGGCGCGUGGGGCGAUCACCUAACCCUCACCGCCGCCGCCCAGGUCUGGGGUGCUCGCAUCGAGGUGGUAACCUCGGCACCUGCCGACGCUGACGAUCCUGACAAUCCUGCGGCACCGCUGGUUAUCGAGCCCCCCGGUGCUGUUGUCUGGCCGCGCACCCUUCGGCUCUCGCACAUUGCGCACGAGCACUUUAACUCUGUCUUUGAUCUCGCCGAGCUGCGUACGCUCCGGCUCGGCCUCGAUCUUCCGGGAUGGAAUGAUGCCAAUCUUGGCCCGCGCCCGUCGUGGCUCUCACGCCCGGUUGUCUUUUGCUACAGCCCGGAUCGGUUUGCGGUCCUCCCCGACCGCGACAACGGCGUCUCUCUCGACUGCAUGGAGCGGCUCGGGUAGCUGAUGCCGACAUCCAUCAUUGGACGCGAUGAACGGGACUCGAUGGAGGAGAAUCUGGCAUCAGGGACCACCGCCAUCACCAUCUGCCGUGAGCAGCAUCCUCAGGCCAAAGCGAACCCACCAGCUUCUGUGCGAGUGUCAUCAAUAUCUUCCGCAGAGCGACUGCUAUCUGGUCACUCUAAAGUGCGAGGACUAUCCGUUCAAGCACCGGGCGAAGCCCAUCCGAUCGAUGGCAUUGAAGCCGUCAAGCACCGGGCGAGACCCAUCCGAUCGAUGGCAUUGAAG